AUGCCAACAACAACGACCUCCCAGCAUUCAUCCUCUCAACAGCAACAACCCUUUAUUCGGGACGGAAUGAAUCAACAACAACAAGCACAACAUAUAUUCUCCGAAGAAGAGGAAGAAGAAGACAUUGAUGAAGAAUAUUCGGAAGAUGAAGAAGAAACAAGUAUUGAGGACAGCAGCCUGAUCGAAGAUAGUACAACCGCUGAAAUGGUUUUGAGGAAAAAGUUUUGGGCAAACUUUGAAAGAAAAAAAGGAACUCCUGUUGACUCUGAUAUAUAUUUAAUCAUUGACGAAGUAAAUGACAAGAGAGUUGAUCUAGAUCUGUAUAUUCAACAACUAGACAAAAUCAAAUGUAUCAAACGGUACACUCCAUAUACAGUGGUAGUACAUCAAGCAACAAACAUUAAUGUACCACAUGAGGAGAUAAAAAAAUAUGGCGAACAUUCCAUUACGGUGGACUAUCGGUUAUCAGGAACAUUAUUUCAUACUCAUACCAAAACGUGGCUCAGCCGUACAUUUUAUGGACCUUAUGUGGGUAGAAAUUUUGUGAAACAAGUGAAAAAAGACCAUCAGAAAAUUCAAGAAACAGUGGAGUUUGAAAUGCCUCUAUUUUUCUAUAGUAAUAUCGUGGAUGAAUCUGUUGUACUUGUCGUAGAGGUCAUUACAGCAUUUCGACAAAAGUCAACAAUUAUCCAUGAAUUUUCUUCCGCCUGGACGAUAUUAAGAAUUUUUAAAGAAACAAAGUAUGGCAAGUCCAUCGACACCAUUCCUAAUUUGAUGUCAUACGUAAAUGAUGAAAAUUUUAACGUUUCUAGAGAAUGCUUUACAUUCGAAGGAACACCUAGGGUAUUAAGCUUUGUUGCGGAGCCUCUCGAAGAUCAGUUGACAAAGAAGACAUACACAAAAAUAAGCUACUCCUUUUUUACUCACCCUGAGUUGAAAACUAGUGGAGCUGUAAAUUACUUCAGACCUAACGACAUUGUCAGCCAAAAAGAUUUUAUUCCUGGCAUCAAAUUUAAUUCAUCAAAAUAUAUUACGGAUUUGGUUAAUCCAAGACUGUCCGAUGAUUUUCAAGCAAACAUUGUAGAUAUUCAAUUUACCUUACCAAUUCAAUUUGAACAAAAAAUUCUAAGUUAUAUGAAAGAGCAACGUAGAAAAGAACAUGGAGAAUAUGUCAACAACGAAAAAGAGGUGUCCUUGGUGAAAAGAGUGCUGAGUAUUGGCUCUCAUAACACUUUUACGUAUAUACAAGGGCCAUCAGAGUCAACCUUGGUUCCGGUUAAGAAUGACAUGUCAGGAGAGGUUGCUAGUCUGAAGCUUGACAAUAAUUUUUCCUUUAAAGUUGUGAAACAGGAGUUGUGUGCCAUCAUUUUCGAAAUCCACUAUAUUUUUGAGGUGCCACUGCCUCUUGGAGAAUUCAAGAGAUCAUUUAUGGAUAAGUUAACAGGAAGCAACAAAAACAAAAAGACCGUUCCAGAAAUUGACUUUACAACACACAGUGUUUCUGUUGGGUAUUGCUUAUUUUUCCCUAACUUUAAGAAGUUUGGAAAAAUCGAGCAAGAGAUUAUAUGUGCUCCUGGUCUGAGUUUUUUAGGCAAGCCCAUUUUCAAAGCAUCAAAUUUGGUGACAGAACAGCAGCAGGAUCAAAAGUUCACACUGCAAUUCAAUUACUUUAGCAUUUCAAACGGUGAUGUAGAGGAAAAAAUUGUGAAAGAAGAAAAAAAGAAACUGGUCAAGCAACAAUCCCUUAAAGACGAAAUUCAAAACACAUCCCCACCUCCUAAGGAUGAUGUUGGUGUAAAUUCCUAUCCAUCUGUCGAAGAAGAUGUUGCAGUAAUUCCAAGUUGCCCUUCAGAGCCUCAACCUAUUGAAGAACCCACAAUAAUAGCGCCACCAGAAAUUACAGAAGAUGUUCUCCACAAUCAACAAUUACCAUCCACUCCUAAAAACAACAAAGAACAAUCAGAUUAUGUUCUAGAACAACUAAGCUCUCCAGGGUCUGAUCUUGAUGCUCUUUCAGCUCCCGCUAUUCAUCAUUACCAUGAAGAGAAAAUUGAGCUUGGAAGAUCUAGAGAUCUUACAAAAGAAAUUAAGCAACUUAUGAACAGCCUAAAAUUCAAUGUUGUCGAAGACAUGAAUGGAAGAAGGCUUCUCAGUGAUGGGAAAGAAAUAAGCGUUGACAACAAUAUGGAACUGCAGUCUCACAACAUGUACAUCAAUUUUCUUUCUUUUAUUCCGAAAAAGAGCCAUAACAUACCAAAAUCUAUUUACUUCAAAUUUCAAUUCUUCACAUUUUCACAAACGGACACUAGCAAAACACCUCUGUAUUUAGUUGAACCAACCUCAUUUGAAGAGAACGAAGUUUAUGCCCUAUCUUUAAAAACUCAAAAUGAUUACAAUGGAAAUUAUGGAUUACAGCUGAAAUUUACGCUUGACCCAAGUACUGUCACAGAAGAAGAGUAUUCAAAAUUUUUGUCAUACCUCCAUAAUGAUAGCUUAUUUAUCAAUAUCUUUGACAAUGAAUCUAGAUUCAGUUAUGGUGUAUUUAGAAUACCUCUGGCACUGUUCAUGCGAGAUCCAUCAGAAACAAGUGUACAACAAACAAGAGAAUAUGAUGUUAUUGAAAGCUUAGAAAGUAUAAUCACAGACGAAGGUUUUACUGAAGAGCUAAAAGGUACUCACUUGGGAAAGAUUGUUGUAACUGUCAGUAAUGUAGGAAAACCUGCUGAAUCACAGAUUAACAAAUUUGUGAAAGCCAAACAAAAAUAUGAAGCCACAUCUCGUAAGAAGAAGUCCGAUGGGCCAACUCUAAGUCUGUAUGACCAGUAUAACUUUUUAACCAGUCUCAAAGAACCAUCGUUUAAGGAGAUUGAACAAAUGAACAACCAACAACUGAUUGAGUAUUGCUCUGUAAAAUUACAGAAGGUAAUGGAAUAUCGUAACAAAGAAAAGACGAAUGUGAUUCUUCACAACAUUGAGGAGAUGCUCACUUCACACAAAGUCAUCUAUGCAUCUUUUGGGGAGCUAGAGUAUUUUGAAAUUCCUUUCAAAAAUAUGUAUACUAAGGAUCAUGCUUUCACUGUAGAGAUUGAGCAAAAAGAAUUGAGCUUGUCAAUGAUUGUAGACGAAGGCGAAAGGUUAUUAUUGAGUGAAUUUCAACAAGAUUGGAAAUGCAUUCAAUUGCAGUCUCAAGGAAGUUACGCCUAUAGGUUCUCAUUACAAAGUAAUGCACAAACCCAACUUCCUUUCAAAUUUCAAAGCUUUUCAGAUAUGGGAGAAAAUAGCAACGUCGAGGAAAUGCGAGUUGUGGUGAAAAAUAGUUCUGGCUCAAUUUUAAAGAUUAUCAAAAUAAGAGUGGUACCUAGAAGCUUUGUCAUUCAUCAGAAUUUUGAAUUUUAUCAUCCCGUGACUGAAACUGUCGGACGAGUAUCAUACAAAAAGAAAGUCAAAUACUCUCUCACAGAAUUUGGGCAUGAACAUUUGCAUGCCGCUAACAUUUUUGUAAAAACCAAUGGCAACGUUUAUGCCAGCACGAGUUCCUAUGCAAACAAUUCAUCAUUCAUAAGCAUUGAUUUAAAGUCCACCCUUGUCAAUAAUACUAAAUCUUCUGGCCAUGUAUUGAUAUUUGGAGAUCAGUAUUUCCAUAGAUUAAUAGAAAUAUGGAAAGUGGUUAUUAUACCUGUACAAACAUUCACAUUUGACGCAUUCAUUGGUCAAACGAAUUAUUCAGAAUUCCACAUUCCAAAACUUUCAUUGUCAAGCGACGCAUAUGUUCGAUGUGAGAAAAUAGAUAACGAACAUAUUGAUUGCUCUGUCGAGGACGAAAUAUUGCAUGCCAAAUUUACAACCGAGUUGAAUUCGGAAAGAGGAACUAUCUACUCCAUGUUCCAUAUUCUAGAAACAACUAAUUCAGUAACAAAACUACUGGCAAGAUAUUUCUUUAAAAUUAAUCUCCAGCAACAAACACCCUCAAAAUCCUACAAUCACAUGAUUCCCAUCAACUCCACAGAAAAGCUAAAACUUUCAUUUGUCAAUGCGGAGCCAAGAACUAUUGACUAUACGAUUUCCUCUAAUCAUCCUGAGCUGUUAAGAUUUAAGGUAGAACAGGUUACUCUUGCUCCUGGACAACGACAUGUGAUAUAUAUGAAAUUUUUCCCUUGUUUCACAAUAGGUUCUCAAGAGAUAUUGCUAUACAUUAACAGAAAGGAGGAUAACCAAACAGUUAAGUGUCUAGGUAUUAAUGUCAAGUAUCAAUAA